AUGCCGGGCUAUGCUAAAUUGGUUUUGAUGAAAAAAAAUAUUGACCACUCACGAGCCUUAUCAAUUGUCAGUAGAGUUUUAGGAGUCAGUUCUAAGUUUAUUGGAUUCGCUGGAAUAAAAGACAAACGUGGAAUCACUUAUCAAUUUAUCACUGUGCCUCGUAAAUCUAUUUUAGGUUUGAAUAAAACAAACGCUUCACAAAUUUUUCUUGAGUAUCAUGAAGCCUGUGAAAAAGAGCUUCGAAUAGGCGAACUGAAAGGAAACAACUUCAAUAUUAUAAUUCGAAAUGUUGCAAAGAAUAGCGAUGUAGAUAAACUGAUUAAUUCUUUUUCGACAAAGGGUUUUAUAAAUUAUUUUGGAUCGCAACGUUUUGGGUCUUUUUCAAUUAAGUCUCAUUUGAUUGGAUACUUGUUACUGCUGAAAAAAUAUAAGCUGUCUUUUUUUCUUAACAUUUUGGCUUCAAUCUUGAUUAAUAAGUACAACCAAGAAUUUGACGAAUUGAAAUCUGUUGAUGAAUGCAUCAAAAAAUUUGCUCAUGAUAUUGAUUUUGUCGUUGAGCGUGUUAUGGAUUUUUCUUCUAAUGAUUCGGAUACGCUGAACGAGACUCUCUUUGAGUUGAUCGAACAACUCGAACAGAAGCUAGAUGAAUUUUUUUCUAAAUCUAACUUUAAGAAUUAUACGGUUGAAGCUACAUACCGAAAAGCAUUAAAAUUUUAUUUAACAAACCCUAACAACGCACAAGGGGCUUUGCAACAUUUGCCUGCUAAGCUUUUAACCUUGUAUUAUCACGCAUUCCAGAGUUUUAUUUGGAAUUACCUAGCAAGCUACAGAUUAAAAAAAUUUGACAACAAUAUAGUCCAAAUUGGUGACUUUGUUAUCCAGUCCAAGGACGACCUUCAGGUUGAGUUUUCUGCAGAACAAUCUAUCGAACUCUUGACUGAAGUUGUAAGCGAACAUCAAAUUAAGUUAUUUUCCUUUGACAAAAUUGUAAUUCCACUCAUAGGGCCUAACAUAAAGAUUCCGAGCAAUCUGCUCGAGUACUUAAAUAAAAUUUUCAACCGUUUAUUUAGGAUGAACUAUAGCGAAUUUAGUUUUGCUUCUUAUUUAGUAUUUAAUUUAGGUUCUUAUAGGUAUCUUACGGUGAUUCCAAGAAAUGUAACAUAUGAGAUUUAUGAUAAUGUACGUCUACCGUUGAUAUCAGACGAUUUUCAAAAAAUGUGUAAAACUGAUUAUUCUACUGAUAAUUACUCAACUCUUGAAUGUUUUACUUUUUUAGAGAAUACCUCUGCACUUAAAGUCUGUUGCGAUUUACCAAAAGGUUCGUAUAUGACUUGUGCUAUGCGUGAAAUUAUGAUAAUAGAUUAA